AAACACCCAAUAAAAGAUAAAAAUCACAAAAGGCAACCACAUUCCGUGAUACGCGAUGCAACAUAUCAUUUCUCACUUAUAUAAAUUCAAGCGUCUCAGAACAUUCAGAAAACCCUAGACCUCACUUGCGCUGCCAGAGUAUCUGCAUCUCUAUAACUGAAACAAGUCACUCAAAUAGCUAGCAAUGGCAGUCGCAUUCUAUGAUCUCGGCUCUGAGUCUGGCCUUAAGAAACUGGAUGACUAUCUCCUUACCCGCAGUUACAUCACUGGUUAUCAAGCUUCAAAAGAUGAUGUUACAGUGUAUGCUGCUUUGCCAAAGGCUCCAUCAUCCCAAUAUGUGAAUGUGUCCCGGUGGUACAAGCACAUUGAUGCACUCCUAAGAAUUUCUGGUGUAUCUGGAGAAGGGUCAGGAGUUACUGUUCAGGGUUUUGCACCCGUCACAGAGGAGGCAAUUGCAACUCCUCCAGCUGCUGAUUCAAAGGCUGCUGCCGAGGAUGAUGAUGAUGAUGUGGAUCUGUUUGGUGAGGAGACUGAGGAGGAAAAGAAGGCCGCAGAAGAACGUGCAGCUGCUGUCAAGGCAUCUGCAAAAAAGAAAGAGUCUGGUAAGUCAUCCGUUCUAUUGGACGUCAAGCCAUGGGAUGAUGAGACUGACAUGAAAAAGCUUGAGGAAGCAGUUAGAAGCAUUCAGAUGGAAGGAUUGCUUUGGGGAGCAUCCAAGCUUGUACCGGUUGGAUAUGGUAUAAAGAAACUGCAGAUUAUGCUUACUAUUGUGGAUGACCUAGUGUCUGUCGACAGUCUAAUUGAGGAACAUCUGACUGUUGAACCAGUGAAUGAAUAUGUCCAGAGCUGUGACAUUGUGGCCUUCAACAAGAUAUAAUUUGAGGAUCCUUCUCACUUGGACUAGGUGCAGGAGAGGUUUCACUUUAUGAAGAUUGCGGAGAAAUGAUAUUAUGCUUCUUUGAUCUUCAUAUUCCUAUUUUUGUUACACAAAAACCUUAUUUAAAUGUUUCUUGUGGAUUUUUGUCCUGGUUGAAUGGUUGUUUAAUGUAAUGUUAUCUAUCGAAUGUUGACAAUUUUUUAGAGCCAGAAUGGGAAUUUUAGCCUCUUUUCUAUCA